UCGACCCGAGGUCAGUCAUGGGCAAGGCCAAGAAAUCGAAGUCCGGCGGCAAGGCGAAGAAGGGCAAGCCCGGAGCCAAGGGAAAGAAAGGAAGCAAGGGAUCCUCCUCGGCAACGAAAGCAGCCUCGGCGAAGCCCAGCGAGGAGCCGUCGCCGAGCCAGCAGACGGGCAAGGGCUCCGAACAGACGAGCACCUCGCAGAGCGCGACGCCCAGCCAGACCGAGACAAGCGCCACGUCCUUCAAGCCUCUGAAUCGGCCGCCCUUGGAGCCGCUGGUCUUGCCCGCCGACCUGGAUUUGUCCCUGCCGCGGCGUCCGUCGACCAUCUACGUGUGGGACUGUGGCAACGUCUGGUUCUUCCCCGUCGGAGUCGUCGCCCUGGCGGUCGUGGUACUCGGCAUGAUCCUCAUGUCGUACAACAUUCAGAGCGAAUACGCUCAAACCCCGAACGACACCACCGCCGCCGCGCACAACGCGACAAGCGUCGCCGUAGCCGAGUCCACCGAAACCAACGCCGUACAAGUCACACGGCGGUGGUUUAACGCCACCAGGCGCAAGCACUGGGGGAUGUCGCGCGAGCCGACCGACGCUGAGUCGACCGCUUCGGACGCCGUACAAGUCACACGGCGGUGGUUUAAUGCCACCAGGCGCAAGCACUCGGGGAUGUCGCGCGAGCCGACCGACGCUGAGUCGACCGCUUCGGACGCCGUACAAGUCACACGGCGGUGGUUUAACGCCACCAGGCGCAAGCACUCGGGGAUGUCGCUCGAGCCGACCGACGCCGUGUCGACCGCUUCGGACGCCGUACAAGUCACACGGAGGUGGUUUAACGCCACCAGGCGCAAGCACUGGGGGAUGUCGCGCGAGCCGACCGACGAGGCAUCGACCGCUUCGAACGACGAGUGGACAGCGGCGAGCGCCGGUGCCGAGUCGACGACGUCCGCUGAAGGUGUCGGCGACGGGUCGGCCACACUGGCUGUCCAGGUCGCGGGCGAAAAAGACAACGCAAACGUGAUCGCCAGUUCAGAGGCCAGCACACCGGCUCGGGCUUGGCUGCAUGCCCCAGUCGACAGCUCGCAAGGCGCGAUCCACGCGACGAACUCCUUGCCAGUGGCAUCGAAGGAGGCCCACAGCGAAGAGCGGCCGCAGAAGGCUUCCGCUGCAUUGGGUAACGAUCCCUAGAGGGGAGACUGCGGGGGGAGCCUUUGGGUUGGGCUCAAUGUGCCGGCUCGUUGAAAGAACGCAGGUUGCCUCCAUCGUUUCGCAACGCUAAUAAAGUGAAUGCGAGAAAAUGUCGUUUAUCUCCCUGACCAUAGUCUUGCACCUAAUCUGCAAUAAAGAUUGGGAGUUAU